CCGUUGUGACGUAUACCGCGCAGUAACCCAACAUGGCGGGGUAUAUGGGGAUGUAUGAGGAGCCCCGUGACAUAACUCAGCAGCAGGAGAGACAUUAUUAUCUUCUGUCAGAGCUGCAGAGCCUGGUGAAAGAUCUCCCCAGUUCGUGCCAACAGCGAAUGUCUCACACCAUACUAAGUGAUUUGGCCUUAGCUCUUAUUGAUGGGACGGUUUUUGAAAUAGUCCAAGGCUUGCUGGAAAUUCAGCAUCUAACAGAAAAAAAUCUGUACAAUCAACGAUUAAAGCUACAUGCAGAACACAGAGGCUUAAAACAAGAUCUUCUACGCAAGCAUAGAGAAGCUCAACAGUCCUGCAAAGCGCACAAUUUUCAAGUACUCAAAGCCACCCAGCAGAGAGAGCUAGAGUCUCUUGAGCAGCGCAUUAAAGAAGAGCAACGAAUGAUGGAUGAGAAAAUUGUUCUGGAAUUAGAUCAGAAAGUGAUAGAUCAGCAAACCACCCUGGAAAAAGCAGGAGUUUCUGGCUUCUAUAUAACAAAAAAUCCCCAGGAGCUGAUGCUCCAAAUGAAUAUACUGGAGCUAAUCCAGAAGCUGCAACAAAAGGAAUCCCUGUCAAACAAAAUAUACCCUUAAGUCUAAAGGAACAGAUUCUGCACUUUUUCUUUCUGAAAAAAACUGUACAUAAUGCUAUAAAACUGUAAAUAAGGCUGUAAUGCUGAUGUUUCUGUUAGGUCAGAGUCUAAUUUCCUUUAUAUGUCUAAACUUUUCAUUUGUAUAUAAUGAACAGCAGCAUUAAUGGUUAAAUAUUUAUGAUGACAACAUUUUUCUUUUUAAACAAAACUGUGUAUGUCAGGCAUGUGUUCUAAGGUUUUUCCUCCUAAGGAACAAGUGGGAGGAGAAAAGAAUAAUUUUGCCGUUUCAGUUCCUAUCCCUGAGAACAGAGGCAGUCCAAAUUUGGGGGAGAGAUGCUUACGGAUUCCUUCAAGUGGGGAGAUAUUGAGCUAAAAUGUUCACAGUUGCAAAAAUACACAUAAAGCCUUUUCAACAUAUGCCUUUUGAGGCUUCAUUGAAGUGUAUAUUGUGCUAUAUCAGUAAUGUACUUUUUUUUUAAAGAAUUAUUAAAGCUAUGUUUGAAUGUGAUAUUUAUUUUUUGCUUAUACAACACAUUUGAAUUGUCUAUAAAAGUAAAGACAAACUAAAUACCUGUUUUGUGAAAAAAGUGUUAAUUUAAAGGAAUUGUAAAUAUGCCAUGGAAUGUGGCAUUGCAGCUUAUUGCUGGCAUACUUCCUAAGGUCAGCUGAUAUGCUCAUCAUGUAUACAUGUCUGUCAGUUUAUACUGUUGGCAGAAUAAAACGUACUUACUUAUGCCUUAACUAAUA